AUAGGGAUGUAAGAAAUAUAUAGAAAGGUAUUGAUAAUAGAUAUUUAGUUCUGUGAUAUUGUAUAGAUUUUUGUGUUUAAACCCACAGCUGCAGUGUUGCAAACGUAAACUAAGGGCUAUGACGUUGGAUGUUACAGGGAUUGUGAUGAAUACAAAUACACAUACCACUGUUCUGGUUGCAUAAAGAAGUAAACUUCUUUUACCCAGAUUAAAGAAUUAAAGGUUAUUUUACAACUCCAGGUUGUAGGAUGACAUUCAGGUAUAGUUCCCUUUAUGCUACUGAUUUUCUGGAUGGUUUUAAUCACACGCUGCAGAGUCAUGUUGUCCUGGACUGUGCACAUCCCAUGCUAGUUUGCGAUGUUUCCAAUCCGGAUGCUUUAUUUCACUCCUGGUAAAAGUUAAGAACUUGGCACAGAAAUUUAGUUUUCUUAAGUUUCCUUAAAAAAAUACAAAAUUAAAAACAAAUUCUGUUUUCUUACCCAGGGUGGAGAGCUGACCAUGACAGACUCUCUGUGAUGUUAAUUCCCAGAAACUUAAAACUGUUUUUAUGCAUGUGGUGGUGGUGUUUUGUUUUUUUUUAGACUAUGACAGUUUCCCUAAAAUUAGAUUAAAAAAAAUUGCAAAAUAUAUCACCCUGCUUUCAGUACAGUAACUACACAGUGUAUUGACUCGUAACUCCUGUAUUGUACCACCAGAUUCUAGCAGUUCGUAUACAGGAAAUCAACAUACUGAACUGUCAUAUAAUAAUAAGGAUACAAUACAUGCACCAUGGAGAUCCAUUAAACUGCGACAUAGGAUGCUGCUGCUAAUUAAACUAACUAAACAAAUGAAAGCUAAACAGUUUUACAAAUAUUUCUUUUUCUGGAUCUGUCUCACCACCAUACAAUUUAUUUAAAUUAAAAUUUGAACCCUUUCCUUUUCUUUUGUGCAUUGCAUUUAAGUUUAUUUUAGUGUACGGACGGUUUGAGUUUACUUAAUUUUAAUAAUAAUUGUAUUAUUAGUAUAAGUGUAACACUUUUGAAGCUGAAGCACAAAGUUGUUUCCAGAUUAAAGGACAUACAGAACAAAAAUAAGAGUGAGUCCCCCAUAUAAAAAAAUUUAAAACAAUUAAAAACAUGAGCACAAAUGUAGGUGCAGGUGCAAAAUAAAAGAAAUAAGUACAUAUAAAACCAGUUAAAAUUUAAGUAAGGGCAGAUUUAUAAUGAUCUCAUAAAGAAGAUAUAUAGAGGCCAAAAUUAUUGAAUUUAAAACAGAUGAAAACAAAAAACUGCUUUGUCAGUUUCCCAGUGUGAACAUGCAACAAACUUUUAAAAAAUCUGUUCCUAAUUAGUGCGCAGUUUGAAAUUGGGACGCAGCUUAAGGUUUUGUUCUGCUCCAGCUCAAUCGGCCAAUAAUAAUCAAUCGUUAAUUGGCAAAAGAGGAAGGAGUUGUGCUAUGCCUGAGAGGCAGAACCCGGGGCAGGAAAGCACCCACUUAGUUCACAGAUAAAACACAGCCUCUACUGAUCUGCAUUAAAAUUGAACCUGGUGGUUAAAUUUAGAUAAUUGUUUGAAGCAUGUGUGAGCUGAGUCUCUUUCUCAUCCGUCUGCUCACUUUUUAAGAGCCACAGCCAGAAACAAAGGAGGCGUUCUCUGUCUCUAUUCAGGAGACGAUUUGUAGCAAUGGUUACAUGGGGGCGUCAUUGCCAUUGUUUUUACUUGAAUGGUCUCCUACAUUGUGAACAAUAUAAUUAGCUGUUCUCUCAUGAGGAAGUGUGGUUAGUUGUUUUCUUCAUAGAGCUGUACCCGAGACGUGAAAGAAUGUUUAAGAUUAAUGUUUCACAAAUAUAAAUCAUAAAUGAGCAACACCAGCGGUAUUUCUGGUACAUCUGGCACACCUUAAUUAAUGUUGUCUGGAAAAUAAUUCACCUUCAAAGUGUUCCAGCUCAAUUAAAGAUCAAGAAAGUGGGUUUUCUUUUCACCGCAAUGACAUAACUGGUUAUAAGUCAUCACCUUUAAGAGCUGGUGGGAACAUAAUUUCCUUUCUUUAACCUUUAAUAAUGAAUUUAUUUGCUUCCUUUGACGUAAACAAAGUUAAUCGGAAGUUAUUCUUAAACGCUUCAAGACAAGUGGCUCUGAAUGAUGGUGAAAGAAGGCGUGAUCAUGCUGUUGGUGUCUGAAAUAUGUUUUGUGUUUUGUCGUCCACACAUCACAUUCCUUGUAAAGGUUUAUUAUGUGGCUUUGAGGCAGGUCCUGAACAGACACUUGAUGGUAUAAAAACUGAAUCACCAAACUAAGACACCAGCUCCACCGUGGCACGAGGAACCCAGAAGGACUAACGCACAGAGGAUGGAUGUAGAUUAGGAUCUUGUUUGUUAGUUGAGAACUUGGUGUUGGUGGUUGGAUCGCGUUGAGGACGUUUUAUUGCCCUAAUAAUGGAAAAACAAACAAAGAGAAAAACUGAAAAUAGACUGGAGUUCAUGGUGCUUCUUGUUUUUCUGACAACAGCUUCAUCCGUUGCCCAAAGCAGAGAAGAUUUUACAGAAGCGGUGGUGUAUUUAAGGAAGUAUGGCUAUCUGCACAUCCCACUGGACAGUAAAGGCCAAAACCAUUCACCUGAGGAGAUAGUGGAAGCCUUAAGAAUCUUUCAGGAAGCGACAAACUUGCAAAUCUCAGGAAAACUGGAUUCAGCCACUCUGGAGAUGAUGAACAAACCUCGAUGUGGUCUAGAAGACUCUUUCAAUCCCAAAUCUCUUAAAUAUCGAGUCUUGGGUUACUGGCGCAAGAAAAUGCUGACUUACCGCAUCUAUAAUUACACUCCUGACUUGGGUCAGGGGAAGACCCGUCUGGCCAUCCAGAGUGCAUUUAAGUACUGGAGUGACGUGUCGCCUUUAAGGUUUAAGGAGUUGCAGCAAGGAAGAGCGGACAUCAAAAUCUCCUUUCACAGAAAAGACAAGACUUGUCCUGUGCCCUUUGAUGGGCGAGGUCAUGUUUUAGCCCACGCCGACGCCCCAGAGUCAGGCAUCGUGCAUUUUGACAACGAUGAAGUGUGGACAGAAGGGAAGAGCUACGGCUCCAACCUCAGGAUUGUUGCAGCCCACGAGAUCGGCCAUGCUCUCGGCCUGGGCCACUCGCAGCACUACAGCGCACUGAUGGGACCUGUGUACAACGGAUACCGCUCAGACUUCAAGCUGCAUUCAGAUGACAUACAAGGGAUCCAGGCUUUAUAUGGAAAGCCAGAGAAGACUCCUCCAUCCAGAAAGCCAAGUCCAAUAGUUCCAGCAGGAGUUGUUCCAGAUCCUUGCAAGGCCACUCUGGAUGCAGUAAUGUUGGGUCCUUUGCGUAAGACAUACUGUUUCAGUGGUGAGUAUGUGUGGACGGUGUCCAGCUCCGGCUACAACACUCCCAUCCUGAUCUCUGCACUGUGGAAGGAGCUGCCAGGGAGCCUCAGUGCAGCUGUUCACUCUCAGCGGACUGGCAAGACCUAUUUUCUGAAAGAAGACAAAGUAUGGAGAUACAACGGCUUCAAACUGGACCCCGGCUACCCCAAACGCUUAACCAAUAUCCCUGCUAACAUUGACUCAGCCUUGUACUUCAAUAAGAACAAAAAAAUUAUCUUCUUCAAGGGCUCUGCAUAUUGGCAGUGGGAUGAAAUUGGCCCGACAGAUUUCAGCUCAUACCCCAAACCUACUGCACAGCUCUUCCAAGGGUUGCCCAGCAAUACUGAUGCCGCACUAACAUGGACAAACGGUCAUAUAUAUUUGUUUAAAGGCAGUCAGUAUUGGCGUGUAAACCAGCAACACCAAGCAGUGGAGAAGGCCUAUCCUCAAAGCACUGAGACACACUGGAUGCAGUGUGAUGACUGAGCCACCAGAGGUCCCCAGGGAUUCAACACAAACCUUAACUGCACAGUGAUUCUGUACUAAAACAGCCAGAGAUGCUUAUUUAUUAAUUGUACCCUGACAAAAAUAAUCAUAUAGCUACUGUGUAAAUCUCUCGAGUAAAGAAUUAGAGUAUUAUUAUCUUUUUGGGCAAGGUUUCCAUGAAAUCAACAGCAGAAUAAGUAUUUGUUUCAUUUUUGUGGCAAUAAAAUAUUAUUAAUUAAAAAGUAGCUGUUAACAAUUAUUUUAACAUACACUUUGUGGUGUGUACUUCAGUCAGAUUGUAUGUUGUUAUCGACUGAUAAGGCAUCUACAGUGUGUGAUAUUCCUAUAAUAAUCAUAACUGCAUAGACAUAUUCAAUCAAUGGGCCUUUUUCACAGCAGAUAUUCUGACUGUCAUUGUAAGAAAAGCACAGAUGUUACUAAAUCCAUGACAGUGUACCAGGACCCCGAAACUGAACCAGCUAAAUGGAAUUCGGCCAUCAUUAAUUUUAUUGUUUACUACCUGUACUUCUCCUACUGUGACAUUUGUCAAAAUGUCUUCACAUUGCACGUGUUUUCACCUGUUUUGGGGACUAGUUUUGUUCCACUCACAUCUUUGUCAUUCUUAUGAGAAUACAUAAGAACAUAUACUUAAAAUCUUAGACGAAAUAAACUCCUAAGCUGAUUAUGAAAUAUGUAAAUCUUGUCUUGUUUUCAGACUUUUACAUACUUAUAUACAUAUAUCAGUGCUUACUGUUCUUUCUCUGGCCUGUUAAAGCUGCAGCUAAUUAAUAUUCAAACAUGAAUCUCUGGAAGCUGGUUUUCUUCUAUGCUGCUAUUUCUUGAUUAGACACUUGCUGUUUCUUUCCCUGCAUGGGUUUUUUUUAUUUUUACACACACUUAUUUCCUAUAACUUGUAGAUAACUGUGUUACACUGUGUGAAUAUAUAUUGGUAGAUGUGAGCUGUUCUUUUUUGUGCAUAUUUAUUAUGUUGUCUAUAUUAACUAUGUUAGAUAUGGGUUUCUGGUGCAUUUUUAGCCAUAGGGGCAACAGAUGGAAAUUAGCUGUCUAAACUCACUCUGGCUGACUUACAGUUCUUUUCAGAUAAACUAAUCAAAUUAAAUAAAAUUAGUACAUAAACUUCUGUGACCUCCGUCUAACUUCAACCUGAGCAGGCGUCUAAUCAGCCAGAGGAAAUGAUAACGCCUGUGUGGGUGUGUAGGGCCUUCAAAGGAUGUUUGCCAAGUGAGACUCUAACUUUUGAAAGAUGAAAUAACACAUUCUCUCUCUUUCAAAUGU